CUUAACGCAACCCCAAUUACCAAAGAAGGGGCUAUUAAGCUCAAUUAUUUGUUAGAAAAAGAGUGGAAAAGGAGAAGGAGUGUGCAUGUUACUCGGCGGGCUUCAUUUCCUCGGUGCUGCAGAGCAGGAGCUGGAUGACAUGAUGCUGCAGAGCCCGCUCACCUCCACGCCGUUUUCUGUCAAGGAUAUCCUCAAGCUGGAGCAGCAGCAGCAACAGCAGCAGCAACAGCACCGGGCCCAUACCCAGCAGCAGUUGGCCGGGUCUCCUCCCCAGCAGCCGCAGCAGCAGCAUUUCCAAACCCCGCCGUCCUGCAUGCUCGCCGGGGCCCGGGACAGUCCUUCGUUCUCGGAAGGAGAGGACAACCUGGCCUACCUCAGCGCGCUGGCGGUGCGGGAGGAGGACCGCGGGGAGACUAGCUUGUCCCCGGACAUGUACGUCCAUCCCGGCCUGCAGGGAGCCAAGCUGGAGGCCGCCGAGCUGGACGAGCAGGAGAGCAAGAGCUGUGGUUUGGUGUCUCGGGAUGAGGCAGCGGAGGGCGGGCAGGGCGACUCGGAGCGACCUGUGCAGAAGCAGAGGAGCCGGCGGAGACCCAGGGUGCUCUUCUCCCAGGCGCAGGUCUUCGAGCUGGAGAGGCGCUUCAAGCAGCAGCGCUACCUGUCCGCCCCUGAGCGGGAGCAUCUGGCGACCACCCUCAAACUCACCUCGAACCAGGUGAAGAUCUGGUUCCAAAACCGCCGCUACAAGUGCAAACGGCAGCGGCAGGAUAAGUCUUUGGAGACGGCGGGGCAGCACCACCCUCCUCCGCCUCGGCGCGUCGCAGUGCCGGUGUUGGUCCGAGAUGGGAAGCCUUGUCUGGGCGGUGCGCAGAGCUACGCCGCUGCUGCUCCGUACGGAUCCAACCCGUACAGUUAUAACGGAUACCCAGCAUAUACAUACAACAGCCCCGCUUACAACACCAACUACAGCUGUACAUACACCAGCAUCCCCGCCCUCCCUCCUUCCAGCACCUCCAACGCCUUCAUGAACAUGAACUUGGGAAACGUGAGCAGCCUCGGCGGCUCCCCACAGGCCCAAACACAUCAAGGGACAGCGGUCGCAUCCUGCCAGGGCUCCCUGCAGGGGAUCCGGGCAUGGUAGCCUCGAACUAGUAUCUCUUUUUUAUGGAGCUCUUUCUUUUUGGUCAACCCAACCUUUUAGAAGUAGGCCUAUGUGUUAACUUGGUCAAAACACCUCAGAAAACAGUAUUGCUUAUAUAAUGGAUGUGAGUUUGGAUACACCUGCAAGAUAAGAUGAAAUUUCACUCAUAUUGCCGGUUACUUCAAGUGUAGCCGAAAUUAAAGGCUGGACGUCACAAAGUGACACCUGAACAGUCACAACUUGGGUGAAAUAUUAUUUUGUGCUCCAAUAGCCUAAUUGUUGGUGCUCUACUUUGGCACAGUUAAGACUGAAGCAAGGGGGGGGAAUUACGCACAAUGGUGCGCAUUUCUCCUUAUUUGAACUCAAAGAGAUGAUUCAUUUUUUAUGUUUGUUUUGAACAAGGUAUAUUUUUAGGCUAUGGAGAGAAUUGCUUUCAAGUGUUUUUGG